CGCCUUCUUCUCCUCCUUCUUCUCCUCCUCUCCCCUUUCCCCGCCCUUCUCGGUCACUCGUCACAAUGCCGUCCAAGUCGUCCUCGAAAAAGGCGGCCAACUCGUCCUGCUGCGCCGGCGGCAUGGGCGGCUGGCUCAAGUUCUUCGCCGUCCUGCUCGGCGUGCUGACACCCGUCUGGUACUUGCUCGAGCAGAACCUGGAGCGCUUCUACAUCUUCGACCUGGACCAGCUGCAGGACGUGGCCGCGCGCGCCGUCGACACGCACGGCAACGACACGCGCGCCAUGGUCAAGUUCAUUGUCGACGAGCUGGCCGGCCAGGUCAGCCUGACGAGCUUUGUGAACCGCGACGAGGAGUGGGUCUUCAACAACGCCGGCGGCGCCAUGGGCGCCAUGUACAUCAUCCAUGCCAGCAUCACCGAGUACCUCAUCAUCUUCGGCACGGCGGUCGGCACAGAAGGGCACACGGGCCGGCACACGGCCGACGACUACUUCCACAUCCUGUCGGGCACCCAGCUGGCCUACGUGCCCGGCGAGUUCGAGCCCGAGGUGUACCCGCCCAAGUCGGUGCACCACCUGCGCCGCGGCGACGUCAAGCAGUACAAGAUGCCCGAGAGCUGCUUCGCCCUCGAGUACGCCCGCGGCUGGAUCCCCCCCAUGCUCUUCUUCGGCUUCGCCGACGGCCUGUCCAGCACCCUCGACCUGCCCACCCUUUGGCGCACCUCGUGGCUCACGGGCAAGCAGAUGAUCGGGAACCUGGCAAGGGGCAAGUUCUAAGACGAGAGAAGUCUCCCAUGCCAGCGAGCAAAAGGAGGUUGGGGUGGGAGGGGGAAGAAAUGAAAAGUAAAAAAAAGAACAGGGAAAGGUUUGUUGCCGGGCAUCAGGAUGAGGUGUGUAUGUAUCCGUGCAUGAAUGGUGGCUUGGGAAACGACAUUAAGCAUCGGGCCCUCCCACGAGCACCGUGGUUAAUGUCGGGCAAAAAUAACGGUUACGCGUGGGUGGGUAUAGAGACGGAAUAGAAGAACAUGGCGAUCGGGGUUCAUGUAUGGGACACUCAUCUACGUUGGCCAUCUUAAUUCUUAAUCAAUCCUGGUGGUGG